AAUGUCUGAUACUAACAUCGAUAUCACUAUCAAGCUGUCUGGAGACACGAAGUACGAGUUGCUGGUGUCGCCUCUGCUCACUGUAUAUGAUUUGAAGGAGCUUAUCGCAGAUAAAGCCGACAUCCCUGCGGACAGACAGAGACUCAUUUAUUCUGGAAAGGUGUUGAAGGAUACUGAAACUAUUGCUUCGUACAAGGUUCAGACUGGACAUACUAUUCAUAUGGUGAGAUCUGCUGCACGAGCCACCGGAGCUCCAAGUGCUUCUAAUGCUACUGGUACCUCCGGAAAUACAACUUCUGCAAGUGCUACUCCUUCUGGAAGUACUAAUAUUACCGGCAAUUCUGCAGCUGGAACCGGAGUCCCUUCCAAUAUCGCUGCUGGACAAGGACUGUUUAACCCUCUUGCGGACUUAACGGGAGCGCGUUAUGCUGGCUAUGCUCAACUUCCCCUGGCUUCUAUGUUUGGCCCAGAUGGAGGUAUGAAUGCCAUGCCGGAUCCGGAUCAGUUGGCUCUGAUGAUGAACGAUCCUAUGGUCCAACAGCAGCUCAAUGCCAUGUUGCUGAAUCCACAAAUGAUCGACUACAUGAUCAACCAGAACCCGCAAUUGCGUGCUAUGGGCCCUCAAGCUAGACAGAUGUUACAGUCCCCUAUGUUCAGACAAAUGAUGACGAAUCCGGAAAUGAUGCGCAUGAUGAUGAGUAUGGGUCCCGGUGCUGGACAAGGAGCUUCGGCAUUUCCAGCUCCUGGGGCUAAUCCCAACGUAGCUGAUACUUCUACAGAUUCUACUGCUAGUGCUGCUGAUACUCCUACUACUAACGCUACUGCUAAUAACGCUAACGCUGCCGCUGCUGCUAAUCCGUUUACAUCAUUGUUUCCUGGUGGAGUACCUCCUGUCGAUCCGUUUGCGUUGUUUGGAGGUGGUGCACCUGCUCCCGUCGAUAACCGUCCUCCAGAGGAAAGAUAUGAGAGCCAGUUGAGGCAACUCAACGAUAUGGGCUUCUUCGACUUCGACCGCAACGUUGAAGCUCUCAGACGAACAGGUGGCAGUGUCCAGGGUGCUAUCGAGUACUUGUUGUCGAACAACUAG